CGGUAGGUGUACUUAAUGAUCUUCAUGCGAGGUGACAUCCACUCUAAGCGCGGCGGUAGAAACGAGAGGUUCUCCAGCGCUGUAUCACGCACUGCCUUUGAAGACCACAGGUCAUGGUUCACAAAUAUGAGUUUAACUGAAGACAAUACGAUGGCAUCCUCACCCCGUGAACUAACUCAGAACCCGCUGAAAAAAAUCUGGAUGCCAUGCAAAAAUGGUCUUCCAGAAAAAAACAUUUGCCAAAGGAAGGUGGGCAUGACUAACUGCCCCACCCUCAUAGUCACGGUGGGCCUCCCGGCCAGAGGGAAGACCUACAUCUCCAAGAAGCUGACUCGCUACCUCAACUGGAUCGGCGUCCACACCAAAGAGUUCAACGUUGGGCAGUACAGAAGAAAAUAUAUGAAGAUCUACAAGUCCUUUGAGUUUUUCCGUCCAGACAAUGAGGAGGGCUUAAAGAUUAGGCAGCAGUGUGCGUUGGCGGCACUCGGCGAUGUCCGGCGGUACUUGACAGAGGAAGGAGGACAGGUGGCGGUGUUUGAUGCCACCAAUACAACGAGGGAGAGACGAGAGACCAUCCUGAGGUUCACAGAACAGAAUGGCUAUAAGGUCUUCUUUGUGGAGUCUGUGUGUGAAGACCCUGAUGUUAUUGCAGAAAACAUAGUGCAAGUUAAGCUUUGCAGUCCAGACUAUGUAGACUGCAACACGGAGGAAGCAGUAGAUGACUUCAUGAAGAGAAUAAAGUGUUAUGAGAACUCAUACCAGCCUUUGGAUGAGGUUCUUGACCGGGAACUGUCUUUCAUCAAAAUCAUGGAUGUCGGGCGGAGAUACCUGGUAAACAGAGUCCUUGACCACAUUCAGAGCCGCAUCGUCUAUUACCUCAUGAAUAUCCACAUCACACCCCGCUCCAUCUACCUGUGUCGACACGGGGAGAGUGAACUCAAUCUCAAGGGUCGCAUUGGGGGAGACUCUGGCCUGUCUGUACGGGGGAAGGAGUUUGCGAAGUGCCUGGGUAGGUUUAUCCAGGAGCAGAACAUCAGCGACCUGAAGGUGUGGACCAGUCAGAUGAAGCGGACCAUCCAGACAGCAGAAGCACUCGGCCUGCCUUAUGAACAGUGGAAAGCGCUAAAUGAGAUUGACGCGGGUGUGUGCGAAGAGAUGAUGUAUGAGGAGAUCCAGGAAUCUUACCCUUCGGAGUUCGCCUUGCGGGACCAGGACAAAUACCGCUACCGCUACCCCAAGGGGGAGUCAUAUGAGGACUUGGUGCAGCGACUGGAGCCUGUGAUCAUGGAGCUGGAGAGGCAGGAGAACGUGAUGGUCAUCUGUCACCAGGCUGUCAUGCGCUGCCUCUUGGCUUAUUUCCUGGAUAAGUCUGCAGAGGAGUUGCCUUACCUUAAGUGUCCUUUGCACACCAUACUGAAACUUACCCCUGUGGCUUAUGGCUGUAAGGUGGAAUCCAUCUCCCUGAAUGUGGAGGCAGUGAACACGCACAGGGACAGACCAGAGAAUGUAAACAUCUCACGAAUGGCUGAGGAGGCUCUGCUCACGGUUCCUGCUCACCAGUGUUAAAUUUAACAACUGUUGGUUUUCUGGGUCUAAACUGUAUAUGUUGUCAUUUUAAUUUUAUUUUGCAUGUAAAAAAACAUGACAAGACUUCCAGUCUGUUUUUGUUAUUGAUCAGGAAACACUACUCUACAAUCAUUCCUGUUGUGUUGUUAAUCGGUCAUUCUGACAUUUGAAAAACGCAACAUUUGUUCUGUUCUAUUUGUUUAAAAGCAGAAAUGUUAUGUUAUGUUAUAGUAAGGAAAGCUCUUUAAACAUGAAGGAUUCUUUGAAGUUUUAAUGUUGGCAAGUCUCAGAUUUUCAGCUGAAAUGUUCUGCUAAAAGGGUGCUCAGAUGCAACUGUGAAGCUUGUGCAUUAUCCUAAUGCUCAGAAAUAUGUAGGAUGUUUGUCCUGUCUUUUGUGUAUGUCCACCGCUCACUUUUAUUUCCACCCUGGUUUUGCCAGUACUACAUUGCCAUAGCUUCAGUGUUGUGUUGGUUGGGUACUAAUUUAACUUCGUCCACAUUCCUGUCACCUCAAGCCUUUAGCAAUGUUACCUUGACAUAGUGCCUGGAUCCAUUAGUAAGGAUUAAUAUUAUCUGGAAAGACAGUCCAUACAAAUGCACAUUAAAAUACAAACGUAUGUGAGUGUGAUAUUAAGUUACAAUAACAUUCUGAUAUUUAGCUGGAUCAGGUAUCAGAGUUCCAUUUUCACAGAAAUAGUUGAUAUAUUAAACAGUAUUUCAGUGCUCUGUAUUUUAACUCAUGUUUUCACUAAGUAAAACACAUUUUAAACAUGGGCUCUAAUCCUUCACAAGGAACCAUUUGCAAAAAGUAAAAAAUGUGAAGUAUUAUAGCAGGCCUGUUUUUGGGACCAGGUGAAUAGCUGUGUAGAUGCAGCUAUUCCAGAUGCAGAUUAAGAAUUAUGAUGGUGAUCGAUAUCGGUGACUCCUAGCAGUGGCCAAAGGCUUCGGGGUCUGACCCCUGACUGCCCCCCUCCCCUUACUAGGCCGUGGACUCGGCCCAGCACUUUAUUUAGCUGACAUCGGGUCGUUAUGGUCAGCAGUGGUUUACAGUCUCAGAACAUGCACCUACCAAAGGAUUCCAAAGCUUUUUUUUUGUUUGUUUUUUUGUAAGCGACUGAUGAAUGGAUUUUUUUUUCCAACUGGGAUAGAUGUGAUUACCGCUUUAAGUUAAUUUAUAUAUAGAUGUCUUAUUACAAAUUCAUAUCUCAAGAUAUUGUAUUAAUUUGAUUUCUGAUGUUUUACUUUAAAUUUAAAGAGAAGAAAAACAAAUAAAUCGAUGGCCUGUUG